AUGGUACGUUCAGAAAGAGAAUUCCUUGAAAAACGCAUUGUACAACACUACGUGAACUUUGCUAAACAUGAAAAAAGAAUUACUGUAAAUCAUUUUUUACAAGAACAAAUUCCACGUCCAACUAUAUAUCGAAUCAUUAAAAAGUAUGAAGAAUUUGGUGCUAUUGGCGAUAAGCCUAGAGUUGGUCGUCCUAAAAAAUUAUCAACACAACAAUUAAAUCGACUAAAACGCUUGACUGACCAAAAGACUGGAGUUUCAUUACGUCAAAUUCAACCAGAAUUUAAUGUCGAUAUUUCUACACUUAGUCGACAAUUAAAAG